CAGCAUCUCUCGUCUUCCUUGGACUGCAGCAGAGAAACCGCUGCAUCGAAGAAGACAAGAAAAAAGAAAUCUUCGGCGCGAUGCUUUCUAUCUCUGCUGCUGUGUAGAGAGGGGGGGACAAGGGAGCGGGCGACUCAUCGAGCUCGGUACGAUGCAUCUGCUCCUCUCUAUGAUGCUGCUAGUCUCUUCUGCUGAGCGCUGACAGGACUGAGGAUCUUUCCAGUUUGAGAUCAACUGUCUCUAUUUCAGCACUGUCUGCCUACUCCCAUCCAAUGGAAUUAGACAUCAUUACUUAAUUAUUAGUGUCCUGGCAGCUGACUGGCUUUUCAGCACUAAUAUACUGCCUUAAGUCUUGCUCUGUCUGGGGAUAGAAGACCAGAAAGGAAAAAAAAAAAUAGGCACUUUACAUUUGUAGCACCUGGUGGAAUAAAAGCACAUUAAAUUUGAAUUAAAAGACUUUUAGUGCCAGAUAUCCUUGUGCCAAGAUGGACGAAACACAUAACAACAGGACUUCCUUGGCGAAAGGUGCCAAGGACAUCGCUAAGGAAGCCAAGAGGCACGCUGCCAAAAAUUUCAACAAAGUUGCUGAUCGUGCCUCAGAUGAAUACUCAACUCAUCGCAGCUACAACCGCUUCCAGAACGAGGACGAAGAUGAGGACAACUACAAUACUUACGGUCAUCAAGACGGUCGCUACGCUGACAAUGCAGCCAACGAAGAGGAUGGGGCCUCCAGUGAUGCCACAGAGGGCCACGAUGAUGAAGACGAGAUUUACGAGGGGGAGUACCAAGGCGUUCCAGGCCACAGUGAUGGGAAGUUGCGGGACGGCCAGGUGGCUCUGGGCCAGCCGGUUUCUGACAGCCUAAAGAGCCGCAAGGAGCUGGAAAAUGAGAGACAGGCAGACGAGGAGGAGCUCGCCCAGCAGUAUGAGCUGAUCAUGCAGGAGUGUGGCCACGGAAGAUUCCAGUGGCAGCUGUUCUUUGUUCUCGGGCUGGCGCUCAUGUCAGAUGGCGUGGAGGUGUUCGUAGUGGGCUUUGUCCUACCCAGUGCUGAGACAGACAUGUGUGUCCCCAACUCUGGUGCUGGAUGGCUUGGUAGCAUUGUGUAUCUGGGGAUGAUGUUUGGAGCCUUCUUUUGGGGCGGUCUCUCAGACAAGGUGGGCCGCAGGCAGUGUUUGCUGAUAUCCAUGUCCUUCAAUGGCUUCUUCGCCUUCCUGUCCUCCUUUGUACAAGGCUACAGUAUGUUCCUCUUCUGCCGCAUGGUAUCUGGCUUUGGGAUUGGUGGAGCGGUACCAAUCGUGUUCUCGUACUUUGCGGAGGUGUUGGCUCGGGAGAAGAGAGGAGAGCAUCUGAGCUGGCUCUGCAUGUUCUGGAUGAUCGGAGGAAUUUACGCCUCAGCCAUGGCCUGGGCCAUCAUCCCACACUACGGUUGGAGCUUCAGCAUGGGUUCGGCCUACCAGUUCCACAGCUGGAGAGUGUUUGUGGUGGUGUGUGCGCUGCCGUGUGUCUCUGCAGUGGUGGCUCUCACUUUUAUGCCUGAGAGCCCCCGCUUUUUCCUGGAGAUGGGUAAACACGACGAGGCCUGGAUGGUGCUUAAACACAUCCACGACACCAACAUGCGUGCCCGCGGAGAGCCCGAGAGAGUCUUCACUGUGAACAGGAUAAAAAUCCCCAAACAGCUGGACGAGCUGGUGGAGAUGCAGAAUGAGUCAGCCAACCCUGUACUCAAGGUCCUCUUCAAGAUCAAGGCUGAGCUCAGAGGAAUAUGGUUGACUUUUAUGAGAUGCUUCAACUACCCAGUGAGAGACAACACUAUAAAACUGGCUGCAGUCUGGUUUACUCUGUCUUUUGGGUACUACGGGCUGUCGGUGUGGUUCCCAGAUGUCAUUAAACACCUUCAGGCCGACGAGUACGCCUCUAGAGUGAAGAUCCACAACAACGAACGCAUUGAAGACUUCACCUUUAACUUUACCCUGGAGAACCAGAUCCACAGAAACGGAGUCUUUCUAAAUGACAGGUUCAUCAGUAUGAAGUUUAAGGCGGUCACAUUCAUCGACUCAUCUUUUCUCAACUGCUAUUUUGAAGAUGUCUCCUCCCUAGCAUCUUACUUCAAAAACUGUACCUUUGUAGACUCCUUCUUUUUCAACACGGAUAUCGACGACACCAAACUAACAAAUUCCAGAGUGAUCAACAGCUCCUUCCACCACAACAAGACAGGCUGUCAGAUGACGUACGACGACGACUACAGUGCCUACUGGGUCUAUUUUGUCAACUUCCUGGGAACGCUGGCUGUGCUGCCUGGAAACAUUGUCUCUGCCCUCCUCAUGGACAAAAUAGGACGCCUCAGCAUGUUAGGAGGCUCCAUGGUGCUGUCAGGCAUCAGCUGCUUCUUCCUUUGGUUUGGCACCAGUGAGUCCAUGAUGAUCUUCAUGCUCUGUCUCUACAAUGGCCUCAGUAUCUCUGCCUGGAACUCCCUUGAUGUGGUCACCACUGAGCUGUAUCCAACAGACAGGAGGGGUACAGGCUUCGGCUUCUGUAAUGCCAUGUGUAAGCUGGCAGCAGUGCUGGGCAACCUGAUCUUUGGCUCACUGGUUGGCAUCACCAAGGCAAUCCCCAUCCUGAUGGCAUCGUCUGUGUUGGUUGGCGGCGGCCUGGUGGGGCUCCGACUGCCAGACACACGUGCCAAUGUCCUCAUGUAAACCUCAACACAGAACAGCGUGUUGUUUACCAGGUGUUUACUCACUUCACUGAAUAACCACUCACUUAUGGACUAUGAUUUAUUAGGAUAUCACUGAAACUAGCACAGCAUUCAUCCCACUUGUAUUUAUUAUUUGAUUAAUAAUUUGAUUGUGUACUUACACAGUACAGGACAAGUUAUUGUUAUUCUGUUAUGUAUGAGUAAAGUACCUGGUAAAUAACAAAGGAUAAUAAAAUGCAGUUUAAUUUAACAAUGAGCUGUAGAUAUAAAGACUUUAAGGGGUAACUUAGGUAUUUUUCAACCUGGACCCUAUUUUCUAUGUUUUUGUGUCAAAGUGAUUAAUGGGAACAACAAUGACUUUUUGCCACUGACAGGCUCAGAUUGUUAUUAUAAGUGUCUGACAACCUUAUGGCAAGGACAGCGCUGAAAUCACCAUCCCCAAAACCCACCAGACUUUAUUUAAACAAACAGUAAUUUUAUCAUGGUAAAACACACUUCGUUCAUAGUCUACAGACAUAAAAUAAAACUCACAUAAACCAUCUUGAUUCGUCUGUCCACUGCCAAUCACCAUCUCUGCUUUGGUUGAAAUAAACCCUUAAUUCAACCAACUGGAUGUGAAAAUAUGCUGGCUACAUAUGCACUAAAAUCAGCUUAUUUAAAUGGAGUCUGGUGGUUUGGUGAUGGCAAUUUCUGGGCUGUUUCUGGUUUAACAAAAAGGAUCUUACUUUUUAACAAAAAGGUUGAUCUCUGUAGAAUAAUUUCCAUAAUGUCAGACACUUAGAAUAACAACCAGAGCCUGUCAGUGGUUAAAAAAACAACAACAACAACAAAAAACGGCACUUUUAGUGGACAUAAAUUAAUGGUGCACAGAUGCCCUGAGUGGUUACAUUGCAGCCUGUUUGCACUGCUUUCUGCAGCACUCUUGCUCAACACUGGAACAAUUUCAAAAAUUGAAUAUUCUCAUUAGUCAUUUCGACAUAGUAACAUUGGAAAAUAGCGUCCAGGUUGAAAAAUACUGAACCUAACCUUUAAGACUACAAUCGAGGGUGAGGAAUUUACCAAAUGUUGGUGGCUGGUUGCCAAAGCCCUGGGCAUUCCUGCAGGAACUGGGAGGCUACUGUUCAGAAACAAGUACAAAUUAUCAGUGGUGAUAGAAUUCUGUAUAUCAGCAGCUCAUUAGCUGUUUCACACAUGCAACCCACACAUGCAUGUGUCAAAGCUGCAAAAGGCUUGGACCUCCCACAACCUUCCCCCUCCAAAUCCUGCCCAGUCUCACUCAGAUUAAAGGGAUAGUGUGACAUUUUUGGAAAUACACUUAUUCAGAGCUAAAAAGCCAAAACUAGCAGCUGCUUAGCUUAGCUUAGCUGAAAGACUAGAAGCAGGUGAAAAGAGCCUUGCCCUGUCGACAGGUACAGAAGCAAAGUCUGCCCACCAGCACCUUUAAAACUCACUAAUUAACGUGUUGUAUCUUGUUUGUUUCAUCCUUUGCAAAAAUGGAAGCAUAGAAAUAAAAAGCUGUGGUUUUAAAGGGGAUUGUGAGCCAGACUGUUUCAUGGUCAGGUGCAGAGCCAGGUUAGCUGUCUUGCUCUGCUUCCAGUCUUUAUGCUAAGCUAAGCUAAGUGGCUGCUAGCAGUAGCGUUAUGUUUAACAUACAGAUAUGAGAGUGGUAUCAAUGUUCUCAUCUUACUCUCAGCAAGGAAGUGUGUAUAGUUCAACAAAAUGUCAAGCUAUUCCUUUAAGUAUAAGUAAUUUAUGUGUUUAUUACAUGUUUAUUUAUAUAUUAAGUAAUUUAUGUGUGUAAUUUAUUGCUCCACAAGUUCAUGUUUGAAGGCCAAAUAUCGAAGGUGCUUUUGACUUUUGUUACCUGUGAUCAGUAUUCCAAUAAUGGUUGACGACGUUCAAGCCUUUUGCCACAAUUUGCAAGAAUGACAAGGCCAUAAGAAAAAAAACAAAAAACAAAAAAUCAAUAAAGUAGUUUAGUCAAUACCGGCAACUUCAGCAGCUACAUUUCUAAAGUGAAAAGAAGUUUACAUUUUCUGCUUUUUACAGUAAGAGACUUUUGAGAUUGGAAACCUUUUGUCUGAAUGCUUUCUCUCUGCCUCUCUCGUGUCUGUGUUGUGUUCGUCUCGUUGCGCUGAGCUCACCACGAAGGGUUCCGCUCUCCGUUUGCAGUCCGACCUUGUCAAGAAGAAUUUAUACUCUGCUGUUAUUAUCUGCUCUUCUCCUUGUUUUUUUCCCCUCUCUAUCUGUCUCACCAUCUUUCCUCAUAGUGUUUCUCAUCCAGUCUUGUCCUCUUGCUCUGUUUAUCUCCUCCUGCCUUGCUGCUGCUCCCUCCAAAAACUCAAAGGCCUUUCUCAAAUGUUGUGCCUCUCUCCAUUGAGCCUGUCUCUCCUUCCAAACCUUUGCUGGAAGCUUUGCUGCUCUCUCCUGCUUUUUUUGUGUGUCUCAUUUCUACUGCAGUGUGUGUGUGUGUGUGUGUGUGUGUGUGUGUGUGUGUGUGUGUGUGUGAGUCCAGACAAACCCUAAUAAGUUCCUGUGACCAUCAUAUGUAGAAAGCCAUGUCUUUUUUGUUUUGUUUUCUAUACCAGGGAGCUGGGUGUUUUUGGAGGAUUUGAACCACAUGAUUAAGUGAAAUUAAAAGCCAUGCUUAAAGGAUCAGUUCACCCAAAUUCCAAAAAAACAUACUUAAUAGCUAUACAGACAAUAAAUGUGGACCUUAUGAGGACACCAAAGUCAGUAGAAUUCAUCGUCUGGGGACCCUGACUGUUCCAUGAGUUGUUGUUGAGAUAUUUCAGUCUGAACUGAGACAUAAAGUUUUCUAAUAUGAACUCCAGACAUUGCCCAGAGUUUGCAUUUCACACAUGUAACACACAACAGGAGAUUGUGUCAGAAGUGUUCUCACCUACUGGAAAAACUCUGUAUGGUUUAGGCGAAGGGUGCCGCUGGGGUAGAGUAUGCAAGAGAAAAGACAUGGCGCGGAUUACACCGCCAUCACGUAGCUGGUUCCUCUGAAACAUCAUCAACAUGCCUACUCGCUCACUGUGAAUUCUCCGGACAAUAACCUGCUUUAUUCACACAUUAAAUGUCUGAUUCAACAGAUUUGGACAUUUGCGUUCUUACAUACAGCUCCUCCGAGUAAUGUCUAGAUAAUUUCAGGUUUGCAGUGCUUGUGUAAAAGGAGCUUAUCUUUCUCACAUUAGUAUCCUGGUCAUUUUGGGUAAUCCACAGAGCACACUGUCCAUCCAGAGUAACUGGUGUUGUUUCUGACACAAACUCUUAGCACUGCAUUACGAGGUGACUGGCACCAAAUGUGUUAAAAUUCUAUGUCGGCAAUAAGGAAACAAUGCCAAUGUAAAGUCAAUGAGAAUCUUUUAUUGAGGUGGACAUACAAGUUAAGUAAGAGCACAAAAGUCCAUGUAGGGUGAGUGGGAGUGGUGAAUGGGUUCAACAAGUUUCAAGCAGGACACUGCUGUUCAUGUCUUAGCUAAAAGUCAGUAUAGUUAGGUGACUUUAUGGACUUUACAUAACUGUGCAAAGUACUACAUGGAGGUACUUUAAGGAACUAUGCAAAGUAUGCAAGUUUAUGUGACUUAGGUCCCAUACCUAGUUAUUUUUCCCCAAACUACAAUCUUUUCCUUACUGUUUGCAGACACGUUCGCCAGCAAAAGUGAAAGUAAUAGCCAACCACAUUCACCUGACACCUGGUCCUACCGAGCCCUAACCUCACCUGAGCGCUGUGGGGGUACCAAGCCAUAAACGUCACAAACACAGAAAAUAAGAGGAAAGUAAGAAGAUCCAUGCAGAAGGCAGAGUCUCUGCAGAUAAAUACACCACCAUACACUGAGAGGAGGUCAUAAGUGAUGAUAAAGAUAGAUUACUUUUGUAUGAGUCGAUACAUUGAUAUUUUUUUUUAGAAAAAUCUUGCAUAGUAUACCUUUAACCAAGUACUUUUUUGUUCUCUAAACUGCAACUGUUUCACAGCAUUAUCUCUUUCAAAUAGCGUAUUCGGUUUGACCCCUGACAUUUCCUGACCAAGUAACGCGCUGUUAGAGGUUGUCACCAUUUCAGGAAUCUCUGUGAGACUGUUGCCUUAUCUGUAAAGAGAAUAUAAAACUCAAUAUCUUAUAUAAAUAUAAGAUAAUAUGUCAACAAUAAGUCAAGACAACACUACUGUAGGUUAUCAGUCAGAUAGGCCUGUGUGCACAGUGGCAUCAUGGGAAGAUCCGUCUCCUGCAGACAUCCUGUCUACUACUGGUGCUUCUCCUCCAGUUGUCGGCACCUCUCCUUCUUUCCCCUCUACCUCAGCACACAGUCCUCUAUCCUCCUCUACAGCAGCAGAGGGCUCUCUUACAGGCUCAUGGUCUCCUCCAGCUGCCUGUUCAUUCCUCUUUAUCAGCACACAGCCAAGAUCACAAUGCUAUGGCUAAUUGAACUGUGAUUUGUGGCAUUAAAAAACGCAAUAUGAUUUGUUGCUCUACAGUGUGCUGAUCAUUAUAGCUAUGCGCAGGAAACUUCUGUGACUUCCCUGGCUCAUGUCUUGUUAGGCCCUGGGACUUUAGCUCCAGUAUGGUCGUACACCCUUCUCCAUUGUAAUGAGGUGGAGGCAGAAAUCUUAGAGAAGGUUAACUGGUCAGAUAAAAUAAUAAUAAUCUGUUUGGCUUGACACCACUUGAGAUAAAUAAGAAAAUAUGUGCUUUUGUGAUUUGGGUGAACACUCCCUUUAAAACCUCAAAUGAAUGGAACUAUUGCUGCUACAAUGUUAAAAUGCAUUAGGUAAUUUGUAAAAAUAAAAACACGUUCUGAGUUUGUUUAAUCACACAAAAAAAGUCAGAUAAGUGAAAAGUACAGUACUGUUACAUUCAGUUAUGUUGGAGUCAGUUAUAUGAUGAUGAUAUUUAGUGUCAACAUAGAGUAUGUGACGUUAUGUUGCCAUAUUUCUUAUUCUAGAAAGCAAAUUUGUGACCUAGGACAUGCAGCUUUUUCCUCUUUUUUUGGACUGAAAUGCAACUGUUUCAAGAUCUGGUUUCCUGAUGUUUAAUGCUUUAUCUGCAUCUGUCUGCUCGUCCACAUCGUCACCUCCACCUGUGCUGAACAAAGUCACUGUUUCCAAAAAGAAAUCCUGCAUGUUUGUUACUGAAGUGCUUCUGUUGUGUGUGCUUUUUCCAUUUUGGUGUCUUUGCUGUUCCUCCGCGGGGGAGAACAGACAUGUGAUUCCCGGGUCAAAGGUGAAUGUAUCAUUCUCGUGCGUCGUCAUGUUCGUUGUGGACAGGUGUUCAUUAUCAGUUGACUUCUGGGUCAUUGUGAAAGGGCAUGCUAGUGGUGAGAUGACUGUAUGUACUACAAAGUGUUAACCAGCAGGGGUGGUCAAAUCUGCUCUCUGGGAAGGUUUCCAGUGAGAUUCAUUACUAUCAUAAAGUCACUGAAGCAGGAAUGAAAUUGAGUUGUGACUUUCAGAUUUGAAAACCUCUGCUGACAAACACAAUGUGGAGGUGUGUGUAAAAACUGUUACCUGUCCUUGAUAUGAUUUAUUUUGAUAAGAAAAGGAUCAAGUGGAUGCAGUGUAAAGGUGGAUUCCUCUGGUGUCUACAUAUUGAAUAAAGAGUUUCAUUUG